AUCCAUCAAACGAACAUAAUAUAAAAUUAUUUGACCGAUCUAAAAAAUUGCCAAAAAUUAGUCAAUCAGAACAAACCAUAGCAACAGAAAGUGAAGAACUUUCAAACCAGUCAUCAGAUGACAUUGAAUCUGCCUCUUCUAUAUCAUUUAAAUGUUCAUUUCAAGAACAAGAUACAGUAAAAAAACAAAUAACUUGUGAUGUAGUUAUAAUUAAUUUAGAUAGAAAUGAAAAAAAUUGUGAUAAAAUUUUUAGUAUUACAACAUCAACUACACAUCUUGGUGAACAUCUCAAUGAAAUUCAUCGAAUUUUUUCUAAUCAGCAAUAUAGUAAAAAUUCAAAAAGACAAGCUACAGUAGAAUCGGAUAAAUCUACCCCAACUAUACCUUCAAUACUUUCAAAAGUAAACUCACAUAGCCCUGCUAAACAAAAAAAAUUAACUUACCAUUUGAUAUCAUGGAUUGUUAAAGAUUGCCAACCAUUGACUGUUGUAGAUAAAAAUGAAUUUCGUUUAUUCUAUCAAGAAAUGGAUCCCCACUUUAAAGUUUCCUGUUCAGCUUCAAUUAAAACUAAAAUAAGAGAAUCAGUACUAUUUGCUGAAGAACAAUUGCGGAGAUUAAUAUCUAAGACAAUGGAAUCUUUUUGCUUCAUCACAGAUAUAAUGCGACUUCUUGAAGUUCCUCAUAUUAGAUAUACUGCUCACACAAUUCAACUGGCCAUUAAGGAUAGUCUUAAUUUAUGUGAUGAUCUCUUAACUAAAGCCAAAAAACUAAAUAAUUGGUUAGUAAAACAGGAUAGAUAUCUAGAUGAUUCUGAACCUGAAUCAGAUGAUUCAUUUGAAUUCAUACUACCACAAUCAACAUCACAAGUACACUAUUGUUGA